GACACCGAUUCCAGUUUGCAGACCGAUUUUAGGCUGUAUCGCGAAUUAGCAGAUUUCUCAAUCUUUAUUCUGCAAGCAAAUAAAUCGAAACUCCUCACUGCGAGCGAAGGGGCAAACGAAGAACAAAAUAUACGUACUUACCAAAGGUAGCGGAUCCGCUUAACCAUGGCGCUGGUCAAUAAUGUAAAACCUAAAAUCGAACGAGUGCUGUCCUACGAUGCAGAGUCCAGCACAUCGAAGCGAAAACAAGCCAUGGUAAACAACGAGUUCCUUGCAGACGUGGUCUUCAUUGUCGGUUCGUCCGAGAAACGUAUCUACGCCCACAAGCUGCUGCUAGUUAUGUCGUCCGAGUAUUUCUACAUAAUGUUCUACGGCAACUUUGCCGAGUCGCAAAAGCGUGACGUGGUACUCAAAGAAGACGAUCCGGAUGUUUUCCUUAGCAUCAUGCGCUAUAUCUAUACCGGUGAGAUAAGCAUCACAUUCGAAAACCUGCGUGAGCUCUUCGACUGCGCCCAGAAGUUCAUGUUGACCGAGCUGACGGAUUUGAUUCAAGUGUUCAUGCUAGACCAUCUUGUGCCGGAAAGUACACUCCGUAUUCUAAACGAAAACCAGCACAUCGGUUUACCUUGCGUCAACGAAAUAGGCCUCGCCCUGAUCAGCAGCAACCCAUUGUUUUACUUCAACCACGUAGACCUUCAGUUGAUUGACAAGCAAACGUUUGCGAUGAUACUCAAGUUGAAGCAAAUCAACUGUAGCGAGGACCAGCUACACAUGGCGCUCGAGACCUGGGCGAUGGUCGGCAAACCCGAAGACGAUGUGGAAGAACUCUCCAACAUAAUCGAUAACCUAAAGCGAACCUACGACUGUCACGAACUCCGCUUGUUUGGUCAGCGCCGAGUCGAAGGCUACCUGCCGGGAGAUUUGCAGUUCACGCUCGAUUCGAAAACGCCCGUGUCGCUGUACGGCAUCGGGAUGUUCAUCAAAUCGUCGUCAAGGGUGAUCACAGUCGAGUUGAAGAUAUAUCAAGAGGACGAGAAAGUCUGCAGCGAUUCGUACGAAAUCACCAACAAACACCUUGAAGUCGUGCACGUGGUAAAUCUGUUCUUCGAGGAGGUUAUAAUGUUACCGACCCGGCGCUACAAGAUCGUAAUGGUAACGUCGACUAGCAACUGUUUCUUCGCCUUCCACGAGCCGACGGCCUAUCACGACAACAUCAAACUGCGUUUCCACUCCGCGCGAGGUGAUUCGAUAGCCUUCGCGCACUUUCUCUGCAAGGAAAACAAGUCCCACAAUUACGACCAGCCAAGUUAGGCUUGCGAUAUCGUUUCAGCUAGUUAUAUUUGAAAUUUUCCACAUGACUGCAGGUGCACGCGAAAAGGCAAACGAAGAUCGAUAGGUUGCGUAGGUUCUAGGUGUGGCAAAGGGGAGUCUCCUAUAUUGCGGUCGGAUAUGCCUUACACGCGUGCUUAUUUAAUUCUUUUAUUAUAAAGCCCAACUAAUUUGUAUUUAAUCUCAAUUUUGUUGAAUUUCCAAUAAAUGAAAUGACUAAAAGCUAUUAAAUAUGUACGGACAAGUCUAGUACGG